AUGUUGAAGAUUUGGUCGAUGAAAAAAGAGCAGCAGAAGGCUGAAAAUGCCGACGCUGCUGGCGGAAAGAAGAAGAAGGUGACGGCCGCCCAACUACGAGUGCAAAAGGACCUGUCGGAACUUUCCCUCGGCUCUACGAUGAAGACAGACUUUCCUGAUCCCGACGACAUUCUCCACUUCACGUUGACCAUCGAGCCCGACGAGGGCAUGUACCGCACCGGACGUUUCACUUUCAGUUUCGAUAUCAACCAAAAUUUCCCCCAUGAGCCGCCAAAGGUCCGCUGCAAGGAGAAGAUCUACCACCCCAACAUCGAUCUCGAGGGCAAGGUCUGCCUGAACAUUCUGCGCGAGGACUGGAAGCCGGUGCUGAACUUGAAUGCCGUUAUUGUCGGCCUACAGUUUCUUUUCCUCGAACCCAACGCCUCCGAUCCGCUGAACAAGGAAGCCGCAGAGGACCUCAGACUGAACCGCGAAGGAUUCAAGCGCAACGUUCGGACGGCGAUGGGCGGUGGCACCGUCAAGGGGUUCACAAUGGCCUCCCGCGGUUUCUCCAAGGCUCUUCGCCCUAUGGCUCGCCAGUUGGCGGCCAAGCCUGCUACCCAGCAGCGCACCUUCGUUGCUGCCCGCAGCCUGGUUCGCGCCUCUGCUCAGGUUUCCAAGGCCUUCGCCGGCCAGCAGCAGACCCGUGGUGUCAAGACCAUGGACUUCGCCGGCCACAAGGAGGACGUCUACGAGCGUGCCGACUGGCCCCAGGAGAAGCUCUUGGAGUACUUCAAGAACGACACCCUCGCCCUCAUCGGCUACGGCUCCCAGGGCCACGGCCAGGGUCUUAACCUCCGUGACAACGGCCUCAACGUCAUCGUUGGUGUCCGCAAGAACGGCCAGUCCUGGAAGGACGCCCAGCAGGACGGCUGGGUUCCCGGCAAGAACCUCUUCGAUGUCGAUGAGGCCAUCUCCCGCGGUACCAUCGUCAUGAACCUCCUCUCCGACGCCGCUCAGUCCGAGACCUGGCCCGCUAUCAAGCCCCAGCUCGUCAAGGGCAAGACCCUCUACUUCUCCCACGGCUUCUCCCCCGUCUUCAAGGAUGUCACCAACGUCGACGUCCCCAAGGACAUUGACGUCAUCCUCGUCGCCCCCAAGGGCUCUGGCCGCACCGUCCGCUCCCUCUUCCGUGAGGGCCGUGGCAUCAACUCCUCCUUCGCCGUCUUCCAGGACGUCACCGGCAAGGCCAAGGAGAAGGCCCAGGCUCUCGGUGUCGCCAUCGGCUCCGGCUACCUCUACGAGACCACCUUCGAGAAGGAGGUCUACUCCGACCUGUACGGCGAGCGUGGCUGCCUCAUGGGUGGUAUCCACGGCAUGUUCCUUGCCCAGUACGAGGUUCUCCGUGAGCGCGGCCACUCCCCCAGCGAGGCCUUCAACGAGACCGUCGAGGAGGCUACCCAGUCUCUGUACCCCCUGAUCGGUGCCAACGGCAUGGACUGGAUGUACGAGGCCUGCUCCACCACCGCCCGCCGCGGUGCCAUCGACUGGACCCCCAAGUUCAAGGACGCCCUCAAGCCCGUCUUCAACUCCCUGUACGACGCCGUCAAGGAUGGCUCCGAGACCAAGCGCUCCCUGGAGUACAACGGCCAGAAGGACUACCGCCAGAAGUUCGAGGCUGAGAUGGAGGAGAUCCGCAACCUGGAGAUCUGGAGAGCCGGCAGAGCCGUCCGCUCUCUGCGUCCCGAGAACCAGAAGUAA